AAACAAAAUCUUGUUUGAACUUGCUUUGGUUUCAUCAUUAAUCGCAAUUUCACAAUAUUUAUUAAUUAUUUUCGUUUUUGGUAACCAAACCAAGGAGCAAUAAAGAGAUCAUAGACGACAGUUUUAGAAACCUAAAGUGCACACAAUAGUUUCAAGCACUAUGCCGCCAAAAGUGGAUCAAGCUGCAAUCGUCAUCCUGGAUAUUGGAAGAAACGUUUCUACUGCAGAUGAGAAGGGCAAGAAAAGCUUCUUCGAACAAGCUAGGGAAUGUGUCAGCCGUGUCAUAGAGCGUAAGAUAAUGAGCCAAGGCAAAAGCCUCAUUGGAGUUAUGUUAUUGGGUUCCAAGAAGACACAGAAUAACAUGGCAGAGCAGUGCGAUGGUGCCUUCCGCCACAUCGAGUUUUUGGCAGAACUGCAGUCUCCUACAUGGAAAUUGAUUCGUGAUUUACCAGAGCAGCCCUCCAAAAGCAGAGGUGACUGGAUGGAUGCACUUAUUGUAGCUGCUGAUCAUUUCAAGAAUGGUUUAGGUUCAGUGAAAGCGGAUAGCAAGAAAAUCAUAUUGAUGACUAACUUCAUGUCCCCUACAUGCCUGGAUGAGAAUGACAUUGAGAAGGUACUAACUGGAUUCAAAGAAGAAGAAUUUGAACUAGAUGUCAUAGGCCUAGACAUAUUUGAGGAGCAUCUAAAAAGUGAAGACAUUCAACUGGCACGCAAAUUUGUGGAAGCAACUAAUGGUGCCUCAGCUUCAUUCGAAUAUGCUAUGCAGUAUCUCCUGUAUCACAAGAAAAAAGCUGUCAAUGUUCGUCCAUGGAAUGUCGAUCUAAGCAUUGGCCCCAAUAUCAAAAUACCUGUAUCUACAUACAUAAGACUCAGAGAUGAGCCACCCGUGAAGACUUGGUUGAAGGCAGUGAAGGAUCCUGUGACCCUAACUGCUAGUUCCAGAGAAGGAAUCAUGUCUAGCCGGGUGCACAUCAACACUGACAAUCAAGAAGUGGUCGAAGCUGAUUCUGUUAUAAAAGGCUACCACUACGGCCAACAAAUAAUACCAUUCGCUGAGUGUGACAAAUCACUGCUCUAUGAAUCAGGUGAAAAAUCCUUAAACCUGUAUGGAUUUACAAAUGCUGAUAAUAUAAACUGGCAGAGUUUGACUGGUGAUGGUCUACAAUAUGUGUUUGGCAGGAAAGGUGAUAAAAAAGCCAAACUUGCAGUGAGGUGUCUCACUGAAUGUCUACAUGAAUUGAGCUUAGUGGGCAUUGUACGUAGGGUUUAUAAUAGAGGAAAUGCCCCAAAAAUGUUUGCAAUAAUGCCUGUUAUUGACACCAACGAUUAUAUCUGUCUGUCAAUGAUACCAAUCUGCUACAAAGAAGAUAUAAAGUACAUGACAUUCCCAUCAACAAAUCUGAAAAGAUAUGAAUGCUCUAAAGAACAAGUGGAUGCUUUUAAAGACCUAAUCAAGGCCAUGGAUUUAAUGAAAGCAUAUGAUGAUAGUUAUGAGGACACUGAAGCUUUUCCCAUAGCUGAGACCGUGAGUCCAUCAGUGCAGUAUAUCCUUGACUGCAUAGCUUUUAGAGCUAUGAAUCCGGGCAAACCUCUGCCUGAACCUAGAGAUGAAAUCAUGAUGUUGUUCAAGAGACCACCAAUGGUGGAAAAAAGGUCAAAGGAACCACUUGAAAAGAUAAAGAAAUUAUUCACUUUGACUAAAGUUGAAGUUAAAACAAGAGACAGAAAGAAACCUGAUCAGCAAGUUGGUGCAUAUGUGGACAAUCAGACUGCAGAUAUCAAACCAGACAACCAAAUAAAUGAUGUUGACAUGCCUUCAAUAAAACUUCCUGUGACUAAGAAAGAUAAUACAGUUACCAAGGUUGGGACAGUAGAUCCAGUAAACGACUUCAAACUCCUCAUUGAGAAUGGUAAACCAUUGGUAGAUAUUUCUAUAAGCAUGACAGAAGCUAUUGAGAAUCUGGUGUACUGCAAUUUUGAUGGAAUUUAUACUAAAGCUCUGUCAGCAAUGAAAGCCUUUAGAGAAGAAUGUGUGAAAUCUGAUCCUACUCCUUACAAUAAUUGGAUAAAAAUAUUCAAAUUAGAACUUGGGGACCGUAAUAAGGAUGAACUAAUGAACCUCAUAACAGAAAAUCAGUUGAAUUUCAUCUUGAAAGAAGAGAACAACUCCAGUACCUAUGAAAAUGCAGAUGGUGAUGAAAGCCAGUUGUAUGAGACUGACACAGUACCUGAUGCCACAGAGUUGACUAUGAACACAGAAAUGAAUGACUUCUUCAAUGACAUGUAAAAAACAUCCUGUAACUUUUCUUAUGUGAUAUUGUAUUAUGUUGUUAUUUUCAUCAAAAUUGUAAAACUAGUUUAAAGAUUAUUUCUUCUUCUAUAUUAAUAAUUUCGUCAAGGGGUACGGUAGACUGGAUCGAAACCUUAUAUGAAUAACAAAGCAUAAAAAAAUAACGAUUUUGAGUCGACAACAUAUAUCCGCAAAAUUCGGAUAAUGGAGAAUUUCGUUAAAUUCCGAUGGCAUUGACAAACAAACCGCUGUCGCCAUCUUUAGUAGUUCACCAUCCACUCACUAUGCGAUCAACGCCAAAAGCUGGGUUGUCAUCGAUCCAUAAAUAAAUGGAAAUCAGUGCGUUUCGCGAUUUUUAUGAUAACAUACUCUUUGUUAUGUGUUUUUUCUUUAAACCUGGUAUUGGCCGAUUCAACCACAAAAAAAGAAUAUUAGCCAUAACCAUAAGUUGAAGUUCAAAUGUCAAUGUCAUUUAGUUUCGUACAGUGAUAAAUUCCAGUGACAUGCAAUUUUUGUAAUGGUAAAUUAUUUGUAAGAAACUGCAAACAAAUGCAAUUGUGCAGUCGAUGUGUGGAAUGCGACAACAUUAUACUCGAUAAUUUCAAUUAUUGCGAGUGUUGUGGCUUAGAAACAAUUAGGCAGUUAAGAAUAAACAAGGCUCGGGCACUAUCAAACCUUUUUCCUAAAAAGCAAAAAGCUGCUUCUGCUGCUUCACAAGAUUUAUUUGAUGACUUUCAGGUUGAUAACGAAGAGUUGACGCUAAUCGAGGAUUCAUUGAUGAUUGAUUGAUUGAUUGAUGAUUCUUCUUCGGACAACAAGAAAAAACAGCUACUGUCAGUCAGCAGUGAUGAUGCUUCUUCGGACAACAAGGAAAAACAGCUGCUGUCAGUCAGCAGUGAUUUUAUUUCUUUAGAAGAAGAAGAGAAAGAAAACAUAUCAAAUGGCGGGCAGACCCCCGAAAAAACAUUUAUCCAUGGACAGUGGCAACCACGAAUAUCUCAGUCAGCGGCUGAUAAAGUAAUUGCAAGAAUGUAUAAUUAUUCCUUUUCUGAUCGGGAACGAUAUUAUCUCCGGCUAUUACUUCUUCACGUCAAAGGGCCGACUUGCUUCAGAGAUGUUAGAACUUAUUAAUAUGAAAAUAUUAUUUACACAUCAUUUCGAGAAGCUGCUCAAGCAAGGGGGCUACUUUUUGACGAUCAAGAAUGGGAAAGAUGUUUGGAUGAAGCAAUUGGUUUCAAACUUCCUCGGCAAUUACGACAGCUGUUUGCGUUAAUUUGCGUGUUUUGUGAAGUAACUGAUCCUAAUGCUCUUUGGGAAAAAUUUGCAUCACAUUUUAUCGAAAACUUUACAAGAUCCCGCCCUGAAAUAUUAUCCAAACAGUUGGUUUUACAAGAAAUUGAUGAAACAUUAAAACUCCACGGAAAGAGACUAACAGAUUUCGGACUUCCGGAGCCAGAUAUUGAUGAAAAUAGUAUUUUCUUAUCUGAUCCCGUUUCCUACUAUUAAUAAGAUUUAUUUACAUAACCUAUAUUAACGAUUGAAUUUGAUUGUUUUGUUAAUUUGUCUUAGUUUAUUUUGAAUGUUGAUUUAAAAUAAAAAUAAUUUGUGUAAAAACAUUUGCAGUUUUUAUUUACCAUAUUUAUUAAACACAACUAACGAAGCUAUAUGAAUCUAUAUUUAAUAUUCUUUGAGAACCGAUGACUACAGAAACAUCUAUCUACAUUUUGCACCUAGAAUUGUGUAUUAUGAGUCAAAUUGCACCCGAGCGAAGCCGGGUUUUCAUCUAGUUUUGUAAUAAAAAACUUAAUAGGCCUGAAAUGUUUUAAUUCACAAUAUCCUUUAUAAUCUAAUCUCGAAUUUGCACACAAUAAAUUCAUGUAAAGUUUUAUCUUAACAACUAAAUAAUAAAUCUGUGAGCAAUCAUUGCACACCACUUGGGCUAAGUUUGUUUUGCGAGUGCAGUAGUUCAAGGAAUUCUUGAAGUGAUAAGUCCUCCUGGCAAUCUGUGUCCAAGUCGUGUUCCAGUUGAGCCUCCAUCGAGUUAGCCUCAGGACUGAGUACGAUAUUUUCAUCCAAAACAACGUGAUUGAGGCGGGAUUUCAAACUUUGAAGAAUCUCCUCCAAUUCUAAGCACUUAUUCCGGAUCGAAGUACCAAGAUCCGACUGCGGGUCAAUAUCGUCAAUAGUAGCGUUCUCCGAGAAAGAGUUAGCUGGUGUUCGCGUCCGCGGAGGCUGUAUCAUGCUGAACAAGUUAGCCGGUGUUCCGUUGCCAUUCCUGGCGGUGUCUGGAGAAAUUGAGUCCGUAAAUUCAGCGAGAAUUUCAUCGAGGAUGUCUUCGGCGUUUUGUCGCGGGUCCACCACUUCUUCUGGCGUAUCAGCACCACUUUCGUUGUUUAUCAUCUUGUUAUUUGAAUCUAACUUCAUGAUUACUGUUGUAUUCUUCUCAAAAUACCGACACUAUCAAAAUAAAUAAAAGAAUCGUACACAAGAAA